AUGGUGGCAGUCAUCGGGACAUGUGCAACAGGCGUCGCGUACAUGAGUUGUCCCCUGGUAAUCACGACUAUGAUUCUGCUACCUCGAACGGCAAGAUGGUUCUCCACACUGGGCCUAAGCAUCAUGUGUCUCUCUCUAGCCAUGGGAUCAUUUUCGUCCAACUUUACACAUCUCGUGCUUUCACAAGGCGUUGGGUUUGGAAUAGGUGGCUGUAUCGCAUAUAGCCCAUCAAUCUUAUACAUGUCCGAAUGGUUUGAUAAGCGGAGAGGGCUUGCCUUCGGAAUUGUCUGGGCUGGAUCCGGACUGUCUGGAGUGCUUAUUCCUCUCGCCCUGGAGAAGUUUUUGGCACAAUAUGGAUUCCGGACAACUUUGAGAAUAUUCUCGGUGCUGAUAUUUGUGCUUGCGGCUCCAUUCCUCUAUUUCCACAAGUCACGCCUACCCGUUUCGAGAGAAGUCAAGUACGAUCGGCUCAACGCCCGCUUCCUGUGCAGUCGAGUCUCGAUUAUCUACCAGCUUGGUAAUAUUGCAGAGGCACUUGGAUUUUUCCUCCCCGCAAUUUAUCUUCCAACGCUCGCACGCACGCUUGGGGCUUCGGACCUCCUGGCCUCACUUACGGUGACUGCUCUGAACCUGGCAUCCGUAUUCGGCAGUGUGUCCAUGGGAUUUCUGUCUGAUCGAUGCCACACACUUACGUGUAUCUCGAUCUCUACCACAGGCACCGUCUUGUCGAUUUUCCUCAUAUGGGGCUUCUCCACCACUAUCCCGGUUCUGAUAGUGUUUGCCGUUGCAUACGGAGUUUUUGCAGGUAGCUAUUCUGCAAUUUGGUCCGGUAUGAUCCGCGAAAUUCAGAAAGACAGCCCUGGAGCAGAUGCAACAAUCAUAUUCUCAACCAUCGCAUUUGGUCGGGGGGUUGGUAAUGUUGUCAGUGGACCUUUCAGCGAGGCGUUGCUUCAAGCGGAUACCUGGCAGGGGCAUGCAAUGGGCGCCUAUGGUAGUGGUUUUGGACUUCUCAUUGUCUGUACAGGUCUAACUGCCGUUUUGGGUGGCUUGUCCUUGAUGGCGCGCUGUUCAAGAUGUAUAUAG